AUGCUAACAGUGGCUCGACGUGGAAAGAAGCGACUCAAUUUGGAUUCAGAUGCACUUGCAGUGUUGACUGCACUCAUUAAUUUACUUGCACAGGAAACAAUCGCUCGAACAGCACAAACUGCCGCCAACACAGGAGACCGUCAAGUCACAAAAGAACAUCUGAAACGUGUCAUUGCUCAAAUUAUGCUCGAUUUUGCCGUAUAA